AUGGAGUCUUUUCAUUGGGUGAAUUGUUAUGAUAGAAAUUCGUCUGGCUUUGAAUUUGAGCAGGAAACACUGCAAGCAAUGCCACGGCUUCCACUUCCUGAGAAUUGGAAUUCUAAUAAUUUCUGGCAUUUCAUGGAAUCUCAAGGCCAUUUGUUCUUCAUAGAUUUUGACUGUCCUGAAUACAUCAUAUAUGAAAUGGAGAAAGACUGUUCAAAAUGGACGGUAAAGUAUCAUCUAGAUAUAAACUUGAUUGUUAUGAGUGCAUUUCCAGACAUGACCGAAAACAAAGAAAUUUCUUCAAAUUCGGUACUGCUAGAAUUGAAGAAUUUCAUCUAUCUGGUGUCAAUUGUUGAAGUUAAAAAUGAAGGGCCAUCGUUGGUGCUAUACGUACCUGGUAGGUUUAUAUCUUAUAGACUCAAGGAUAAUACUCUCAAGACUCUUCAUGAUGUUAUAUUUCAUGAUUCAAAGCGUUUCCAGUGGUAUCAUAGUUUUAGUUACAUGGAGUCACUGUCCUACGUUUGA